CCCUCUCUCUCUCUCUUUCUCUCUCUCUCUCUCUCUUGAAAUUUUCACUUUCUACUCCCACACAACCACGUUUCUCUCGAUCCAAACACUCUGAAUUCCAGACCCUCAUCCAGUACUCCCCUUUCUUCCUCAACGGAUAACGCAGAAAUCUGGAGGGCCUUUCCUCUUCCUAUCAUUGCAGCCAGUAGGGAAGGCCAUGUGAGCUGUUUGAAACAGGUUCUAGUUGUGGCUUUACAACUUUUAUUAGCAUUGCUGUUCAUUUGGCUUCCUUAACAUGGGUAAAUGCAAGGGUUGUGGAAAAUUAGGAAGAAUGGUGCCAAGGGGUGGAUCUGUUAGUGCUUAUCUGUUUGCUCUUCUGCUAUCUCCUGUUGUUUCUGUCUGGGAUUGCGUUGUUCGUAAGAUGAGGUACUCCUUCAGACCUGAGUGGGUGUAGUUGUCGGAAUUACAACAUUAUAUUAGUUUUCAAUAAGGUAAUUAUUUGAAUUUACUUAGUGCUAUAGGAAAAAAAGAAGGAAACAAAGUUAUAGGGUUAUGUAUACACUUUGGAGGAAUUCUCUUUAAGUAAAGAAGUUGAUUAAAUCCAACUUAGUAGUUAGAGAUUGUUAGUCUGAUGGAUAACGUGGCAUGUAAUAAAGCGCAACCUGUUGUGAGAAAAGUGAAAAAGAAGCAGGUGAAAGACGAGUUAGAUCGUCAAAAACAGGCCGAGAAAAAGAAGAGGCGCCUGGAGAAAGCCCUGGCUACUUCCGCAGCCAUCAUUUCUGAACUCGAAAAGAAGAAGCAGAAAAAGAAAGAAGAACAGCAGAGGCUCGAUGAAGAGGGUGCUGCAAUUGCCGAAGCUGUUGCUCUGCAUGUCCUGAUUGGUGAAGACUCAGAAGAGUCGUGUGAGAUUGUGCUAAACAAAGAAGAGGGAUUUAACCCUUGGGAUUGCUCUAGCAGCAUUGAUCUUUUCGUGGGUGGAAGGAGAACAGGCUUGCCUUGUCAGGAUUCUUCCAUGUGUUCACUUGAAGGGAUUGGAUGGGUCUCCAAUGGUUACAGAUCAGGAUGCAAAUGGGGUGGCUUGGGAAACGGUGAAUGGUCAUUUUCAUCCGGGAUCUAUGAAAGGGAUCUUCAUGGGCCGUAUCUCGACAAAGAUGAAUGGGAAACUACAGGGUUCUCUGCUGCUGGUCUCAUUGCAGCACAGGCUGUUUCAUCUCUUCAAAUAGCAGAGGAUGCGCAUGAAGACACAAUCGUGCUCAACGGAAUGCUAAGACGGUAGAUGGCGAGGUUGCAGUCGUUUUAUCUAGUCGCUGAGGGAGCGUUGGUCAUAUUAUCUUAUGAUGUUGUGUAUAUACUUUUCGUGAAUGUGCUUUUGUGGUUUUGUUGUAUACACACACACAUAUAUAUAUAUAUAUUGCUUCUGUUUGAACAAUGUUUGUAGUAGUCUCUUCAUGUUGAUAGAGGCUGCUACUUUUUCUGGCGUUGAUCUUGGCGACUUGAGACAUCAGUUGACCCAUCUUGGUAUCUUGCCAAUAAUUUCCUUAAUUAACAGACUUCUGACAGAAUAAUUUA